AUGUUUGCCAAAUUUCUUAAACCGCCGCCACAGCUCACCCAGAAGCUUGUUGUGAAUUUUCGAAACAGGACAAAUAGUUUGAACAACCUACUAGUGCGUUCGGACAAAGACUUGGGCGGGUUUUCGUCUGUGAACCUCUCUGUGGUUGACGGAGAAUCCCGAGUAGAUCCCGAGGCAGCGAGGACCCCUGCCUCACCCGGAGACCCACCAACGUUUGGUCGAUUCGAGGGCAAUCUCAACCUCGAUCUGCCAGAAGGACGCCCCGACCUAAUUCGCUUGGGCUACGCAAUGUUUCGCACUAGGGACCCUGAAGCCGGCUUCAUGGGCCUGGCUGGUCCAGAGUUCCACGACUGGUCGAUGUUCAACCAGCUUGCAUUGCGUGUACGGGGUGACUUCCGUCGCUACUUUAUAAAUAUUCAGGCCGAGACGCCCUAUCCUACCGACCUUUACCAGCAUCGUCUAUUUCUCAAGACCCCCGGCCAGUGGGAGACCGUCACUGUGCCCUUUUCCAGCUUUAUUUUAACCAAUGGUGGUGUUAUUCAAGAACAGCAGCAACUCGACACCGAACAUGUGCGCAGCGUAGGCAUUGGCCUUAUCGACGGCCAGUACGGGCCUUAUCGCCUGGACAUUGACUGGAUCAAAGUCAUUUCCGGCGACGUGUCGCUGGUGCUCACAUUACCCUAG